UCUUUACUUACAAAUAAGCAGCUUCAAGAAGAUCGAUCUGAUUGUUGUUGCUUAUAUGGAAUUACCCAAAAUCCUUCGACAUUAGAAUAUAUGUUUGUAGAACCCACAUAUUUAUGCGACAAUUGUCUUCAUAGAGUAUUAAAAAGCGAGUUUUCUAACUGGACCAGUGAAAAUUUACAAAUUGAUGGGUUUAUUCGACAAGCACAAAUUUCAUCUUCUUAUGUCCAGUUACCUGAAUGGAUCCCGUACGACUCACUAAUUAAAAUAGAAUCUAUUAGCAGAGGCUGGUUCGGUGCUGUAUAUUCUGCAAGUUGGGAUAAGGGAAUAAAAUGGGUUUCCAUAAUAGACGGAGACGAAUAUCAUACUCGAUCUGAUCCCUGUACUAUUGCAUUAAAACAAUUAAAAAGUGAAAAAGACUCUGUUCAUAUUUUUCUUAAGGAGAUUCAAGCUCAAUUUAAUUGUUGUCAUUUAUAUGGCGUUACUAAAAAUCCUUCUACAUCACAAUAUAUGUUCGUAAUGCGUUAUGCACCACAAGGUGAUCUUCGACGAUUCCUGCAGAAAAAGUUUGAUAUACUCACUCUAGAAAAUAAAUUAAGUAUAGCACAGUCUAUAUGUACAGAAUUUCAAAAUAUUCAUAAUAAAGGUUGGGUACACGGCGAUCUUCAUUGUGAAAAUAUUUUAUUAUUUAACGAGGAAGAUGCCUUUAUUUCAGAUUUUGGACUAUGUCGACCAAUGAAUGAAACGCAGAUGACUGAAAAGAAACUUUAUGGAGUCAUACCAAAUAUGGCACCGGAGAUACUUCGUUGUCAAUCACCAUAUUCUCAGGCAGGUGAUAUUUAUAGUUUAGGCAUUAUUUUAUGGGAAUUAGCUUGUGGAAUUCCAGCAUUUUCAAACAGGGCGCAUGACAUAGGUCUAAUUAGGG